GUCCAGAGCACGCUCCUCCUACAACACGACAGAAGCGCGAGGGGCUCGGAGUCGGAGGCCGGAGCGGGCGACGGCGGCGGCAGCGGUGGCGGGGGGCCAGCGAGCGGCGAAGGGCGCGUUGGAGAUGAAGGAGAAGGGCGGGUCCAGGGCGGCGGUCGACGAGCGCUACGCGCAGUGGAAGUCGCUCAUCCCGGUGCUCUACGACUGGUUCGCCAACCACAACCUCGUCUGGCCGUCCCUCUCCUGCCGGUGGGGGCCUCAGUUUGAGAAGGCUACCUACAAGAAUCGUCAGCGCCUUUACCUUUCAGAGCAGACGGAUGGGACUGUCCCUAAUACUCUGGUUAUUGCAAAUUGUGAAGUUGUCAAACCAAGGGUCGCAGCUGCUGAACAUAUAUCUCAGUUCAAUGAGGAAGCAAGAUCGCCUUUUGUAAAGAAGUACAAGACUAUAAUUCAUCCAGGCGAGGUCAACAGGAUUAGGGAGCUUCCACAGAACAGUAAGAUCAUUGCCACUCAUACCGACAGCCCAGAUGUUCUUAUUUGGGAUGUUGAGGCCCAGCCAAAUAGACAAGCUCAACUAGGUGCACAAGAGUCUCGUCCUGAUUUGGUACCAACUGAAUCUCGCCCUGAUUUGAUAUUGAAAGGACAUAUGGAUAUUGCUGAUUUUGCGCUUGCUAUGUGCCCUGCUGAACCAUAUGUGUUAUCUGGAGGAAAAGACAAAUCUGUUGUAUGGUGGAGCAUCCAAGAUCACAUAUCUGCACUAGGAGAUUCCUCGAAAACUGAAACUUCUCCUGGGGCAUCAGGAAGCAAGGGAAAAACUGCAAAUGAUAAAGAUAGUCCUAAAGUUGAUCCUCGUGGUGUAUUUCUUGGUCAUGACAGUACUGUUGAAGAUGUUCAGUUUUGCCCUUCUAGUGCACAGGAGUUCUGUAGUGUGGGCGAUGAUUCUUGUCUUAUUCUUUGGGAUGCCCGAACUGGUACAAGCCCAGCUGUUAAGGUUGAGAAAGCUCAUGGUGGAGAUGUUCAUUGUGUUGACUGGAACCUCCAUGAUGUUAACUAUAUCUUAACUGGUUCUGCGGAUAAUUCUGUCCGCAUGUGGGACCGGAGAAAUCUGGGUUCUGGAGGAGCUGGCACUCCAAUUCACAAAUUUGAGGGUCAUAAGGCUGCUGUUCUUUGUGUUCAGUGGUCACCUGACAAAGCAUCUGUUUUUGGAAGCUCUGCGGAAGACGGUUUCUUAAAUGUGUGGGACCAUGAGAAGGUUGGGAAUAAGAAAAAUCCAAAUUCACCUGCUGGGCUUUUCUUUCAACAUGCUGGCCAUAGGGAUAAGAUUGUAGACUUCCACUGGAAUUCUUCAGAUCCUUGGACUAUUGUGAGUGUGUCUGAUGAUGGUGAGAGUACUGGUGGAGGUGGAACAUUGCAGAUAUGGCGCAUGAGUGAUCUGAUCUACCGUCCAGAAGAUGAAGUUCUUGCAGAGCUGGAGAACUUCAAGGCUCACUUGGCCAGCUGUGCUCCAAGGACUUGAAUCAUGUGACUCUGUAACCCAUUCCUGUAAUGACUCUAGUAGGUGUCGUAGUUCAUGUCCACUUAGAAUGUUCCUCUCAAAUAUUGGUUAUCCUCAGGUGCGGAACCCAGGCUUGUACCCUUUCAGGUGCUUGAGCGACACUUUUACCUCACUGUAUUGACUCAAAAUCGGUAAGCUCGUGCAAACACAGCAGAGCAGUAUCUCUGUACGAUGGCUCUUGGAUGCUAAACAUUGUCCUGGAAUCUCGUAUUUGAUCUAGUUGUAUUGUUGGUUUGACUUGGUGACUUAA